AUGCUCUCAGACCCCGUGACCAAUACCAAUCUGCUUAACGCCCGUCUCAAAUCCCUCGGCUUGUAUGCUGCCCCAACGCUCGGCGACGGCAAUUGCCUCUUCAGAGCUCUCUCCGAUCAACUCUACGGUUCCCAUGCCAAGCAUCUCGAGCUUCGUCAGGAGAUUUGCGACUUUAUCGAGAGCAGAAAGGAAGAAUAUGCCCCGUUUAUCGACGACGAAAAGGGUAUCGACGCCCAUCUCAAGACGAUGCGUCGUCCUGGGGAAUACGGUGGUCAUGUCGAACUGUCCGUUUUUGCCCGUUUGAAAAGGCGAGAUGUCAAGGUGAUCCAGCCCGAUGUCUGCUAUGUGAUUGAACACAAGCAUUUGUUCACCGACGAUGACGAACUCGAGCCAUCCACUAGCAAUGGACCGGCCCGUCGAAAGAAUCCAGAGCCCACCAGCGUUUUUGCCAUGACAGAGGGUACCAUCUAUGUUGCAUACCAUGACUGGGAGCACUUUUCUAGCGUUCGCAACAUCAAGGGUCCUCACCACGGUCUUCCGAAAAUCCAAGAGCAGCCAGCGGAGCCAGAGGAAGAAGUUGCCCAAGCAUCGAAACAGGUCAAAGUCACCAUUUCAAAGCAUAAACUCAAAGCCAUGCGGGGCAAAGUGCCUACCAAAGCGCUCCUAUCAAAGACAACUCCACCGAAGAAGACAACAUCAGCCAAGCCUGCUGCCAAAGAGGAUUCACGUGAUUCCUCUCCUUUGACGUCGCUCUCCGAGACGUCCGAGGUCUCGGGACCCCCUUCCGGUUCGGGUUCGUCUGCUCCUUCGUCACUCGCCCCCGUCACGCCCCCCGAUGGCCAUGACACGAGUGGCCAAGGGGGCAUGGAAGCUCGUUUACGCUCACGAUUAGGAGUUGACCCGGCUGCAGGAGCGCGCAGGAGUCCCAAGCGUUCGUUAGCAGAGUCAGACGCCGAUGGUGGGAGUGAAGAUCAUGAUGGAUCCGUCGAUGGUCGUCGGCUCCGUCGAAAGGGGGCCGCUUUCUCUCCAUCGGAAUACGUGAUCCCAGCGACUAGUCCCAACGAAGCCGACGAGGAUGACGAGGAGAACAAGUCGGUGCUAAAGCUGCUCGGGGAAGAAGACGACGAUUCCGACUCUUCUCUUUCUCCUCCACCACCUGACCCACGCGAAGUGGAAGCCAGUCAAGACUCGACCUAUCUCAAGCCAUCUUCCCAAGCCUCGUACAUCACUGGACCACCCAGUACCAUUGCUCCCUCCUCUCGUCCAUCUCCCUCGCCGUACGAGAGCUCGUCGCAAGAUACGACGUACAGCGAGUCCGCUUCGACCAUCGUCGUCGACUCGUCGAAACUCACGAGAAGACAACGGCGAACGCUUGGUCUGCCCAAGCACGGGAACGGAAGCGAGCGAGUGACCAAGGCGGGUAACGUUAUCGUCAUCCCGGGCGGGCGACACCCGUCACGGUUGGCGAUGCGCGCUGCUCAAGAGAGGCAAAAGUUGGUCUUGAGCAAUGAUAAAGGAGAUGAAGACAAGGACCAAGAGCUCAAAGAGUGGGAGAAGAAUGGGAGCGGACGGAAAGACGCACGCGGGUUUGUCGUUCUCAACAUCUAG